AUGAGUAGUAGUGAUAAAAAUGAAACGGUUUUAGAAAAAGAUUUAACAGAUGUUGUCGAAUCGUCGUCAAAGGAAAAUCAAAAAAUACAAGAAUCGAAUAGUGGUGUUGAUGAUAAUGAUAACAACAAUACAUCUACACAUUCAGUUAUUCCUAAAAUAUCAUUAAGGAAACCACAAGAUGAAGACAAACAAACUUUACGAAAAAAAGGUGGUCAUUUGGUGUCCUCUAUACACACAAAUGAAUCAGGAUCUGAUAAUAAUACACAUGACGAUAAUAACAUGUCAUUUAUUACAGCAGAUGGAUCAUCAUCACCCUCACAAUUAUCAGAAGGUAGUGGUAGUAUAGUGUCGUAUCCUAAUAGUGAAAAUAUAGAUUCAUUGGCGGUUACGCCUGAAAUUUCAUAUCAGGAUGAACAUGAGCAAUCUAUUCCACCAACUUAUACUAUUGCUACAAAUAUUACUACCAAUCAGAAAGCUUCUAGUGAUGAAGUUAAACCAUUAUCAUCAUCGCAAAGUUACUCUCAAGCGCUUAACUUUCAAAACCAAGCUGAUAACAACAACACUGGAGAAAUGAUUUUAACAAUUUUCCAACACCAAAUACUUUUUCCAUUUUUACAAGGAUUUAGUUGGGGAAUAGGUGUUCACAUUUAUCGUUAUUUAAGAAACGGAUUUACACUUAGAAAUAUGUGGAGGUCAAUUUUUAGUAGUGGUAAUAGUGUUAGAACUGAAUCUAAUGGGUAA